AUGGCCACUCACGCGACCAUCACCUUCUCCCAGCCGGGCGUCCGUCCUCCCGUCUAUGUCACCUCCUCCCUCAGCGGCUGGACCCCGCUUGAGAUGGACGUGGCCGACGACACGACCGCCUCGGGCGACCCCAUCUUCACAAAGACAUUUUCCAAUGUGGACCAGGGGAGCUACCAGUACAAGGUCCGUCUUGGUCAAGACCACUGGAUCUUGGACGAGUCAAAGCAAACGGCUACCGACGACCAAGGCAUUCGCAACAAUGUUAUCCAUGUCGAGCCCGCUGCUCCUGAGCCUUCCCAGAGCUCAGCGCCAGACAGUACACCUACGCAAGCAACCACAUCAAGCGAUCCGCCUGCAGCACCCUCUCAUGAGGCUGCCUUGAAGCGGCUCGACAGCCGCAAAGACAGCACCAUGGACCAGGACCUACUACCCAUCCCAUCAGCUAAUCUGGAGCGUGAUGCUAAACAAACAGGCGAGGUGGAUUCGUCGACCAAGCCUGACGUGCUGGAACCGCCUCAUGUGCCCAUUGUUGUCAUCGACAAGGUGGACACCGAACCUGCGUCUGCCGAGGACGCUACUGAGGACGCUACCGCUGCCCAACAGACUGCGCAUGACACGAAGGCUGCUGACGCAUUGCCCGACAAAGUCGAAACUGUACCUCAACACCACGUUGAGCCUGGCACAGGCGAUGAGCAACCAGCACCAUUAUUGCACCAUGAAUCUUCCCAGGCCGACCCAUCGCCCUUGCCGCCCUCCAUGGACACGAUUGACGAAGAGUCUACGCCUUCAUCGGCCGAUCACACUAGUUCUGGAGACGCCAUGGACACCCCGUCGGAAUUGGACGAGGGUGACGAGUUGAACUUGGUACCCUUGCUUAGCCACGAGACUAGUGUAGGCCACGAAAGCAACGGGCUUGCAAAUGUACCCCUGUUUGCCCACGAAGCAGAGACUGGAAACCAUCAUGCCAAUCAAGUCCCGCUCUUGUCACAUGAGUCCAAUCUACCAGACGACGCCGCUGUUACGACCGACUCUGAUGGAGGAGAUGAACUAGACCGAUUUCCAUUACUGGCGCAUGAAGGCAAAUCCUCAGCGUACAAGGGAAGCGGGAUUGUAGCCAAGGGUAAUCAUCUCGAGGACGAAGGAUCACAUCUUGAUAAGCCUCAUAGUAAUCAUGGAGAUGAUGGCGACGCGCCUCUCCUGCCUCACGAGCGCGAAGCGGAAACCGCUGAUCAUGCUGGCUCAGUUUCUUCACAAGACUAUGCGCCAUUCCCGACGGAAAAACAGUCUGCCUUUGGCUACGAAACGGAAGGUGCACAAAAUCUCUUUGGUGGGCCUGGCCGAUAUGACUUCUUCAAGACACGAAAAAACAGCAGCCUGCCUCAUCGAUUGCCUCGAUCAGAUGCUGAGGACGAAGACCUAAACGAUCCGUCAUUAGAACGCUUUCCCACCAACCGUGAUCUAAUUCUGCAGCGCGUAGCCUCAAUAGGGGCUGAUCUCCCCGAAGAUGAGGCCACGCACGAACACCCUUGCUCACCACAACCAUCAGUCUUCUCGCAAGCAUGUUCUUCAGUUGAUCUUGCACCAGUUAAAUCAUAUACAUCGUUGGCCUCUGUGCCUGAAGCGGACGAUAGCGAUGAGGAGGACGAUGAACAAGACACUCAUGACCUUGACAGUUUGCCUUCGCCCAUCUAUAUCGGUAAAAACUACCUUCGUGUAUCCAAUCCACCAUCUGGAUUCGCCCGUGACCCCAACGCCACACCUGUCAUCAACGCAAGUAAGCAACUGGGAGAUAUAAUGCAGGCCAAAGACGAAGACUCAGCAGACCAUGCAAAAGAACCCAUUGGCGAAGCCAAAAGCAUAAACGGAUACGACGGUGCUCAGGACGAGUCAAAAUCUACCAGCACCUUGCGUGAUGCCAUCUCCUUGCCUACCAAGGCCACAACACCUCCGCCCACUUCUGAUCUCAAUGCUACAACUGAAGCACCCCAACCGGCUUCCAAUACGGACUCAGAGCUUCGACAACGCAAAGGUCUUGCUGAAGAGCCCUCACAGGACACAGACACCUCAGAAACUCUCGCAAAGGACACGACGACUUCCAAAGAUAAGGUGGAAAACACAGUACCAUCUUUGGCAUCUCUACACCAGCCCGAGAAGCACAAUGGCGGCGCGCUCAAGCUCUUGUUUGGCGAUCGGAAACGAGCCAGGUAA